AUGCACGGCGUGGUUCACGGCACGCUGGGCGGCACGGGCGAUCGCGUGCUGGAUGGGCUCUCGCAGAUCUGGUUCAUCUUCAUCCUGCUGGACGUGGUCCUAACGGCUGCCACGUGGAUUGCUGGAGGCGCCGCGGAGCUGCUGGUUCUGUCGUUCGCCAUGUGCCCUUGGUGCGGCCACCAGUUUCACUAUCACAGGGACUUCUUUCAAGGAGUGAUGGCGUGUCCUCGGUGCUUCCAUCCCCUUCGAUUUGAGAACGGCAUGUUCCUCCGUGACCGUCCGCGCUUCUCGCGUGUGGAUUUCAGCUACGAUGUCUUUGCCGAAGCAGAGGAGGAGGAUGCGCGUAAGCAGAAGGCCCUUCCUCCUGUUGUGGAUGUGGAUGCCACAAUCACCGACAAGCACUGA